CGGAAGUCCGCCCGCUCCUGGCUCCCCUCAGUCCCUCCCUCGGCUCGGUGCGCAAGGUCGCGCCCCGGAAGUAAAGGGGCCAUGUUGAUGGGUGACCCCGAGAGAGGUACCGGGCCAGUGGCGAGUCCUGAGGAGUGGUAGCGCGCGGCCCGCGAGUGUGACGCCCAACCCCUAAAGUCCCCCAUGGCCCCGUGGAGCCGAGAGGCGGUGCUGAGUCUCUAUCGGGCUCUGCUGCGCCAGGGCCGAGAACUUCGCUACACUGAUAGAGACUUCUACUUUGCCUCCAUCCGCCGUGAGUUCCGGAAAAAUCAGAAGCUAGAGAAUCCUGAGGCCCGGGAGAAGCAGCUGGAGAAGGGCCUCGUCUUCCUCCGCAGCAAACUAGGGGGGCUUAUUUAG